AUGCCCCCCCCCUCCAGUACUCGUCUUCCAGUUGGAAACAAAGACUUCACAAAUGCAACAGUCGUCAUUAUUGGAGCCGGAAUAUCCGGCAUGAACAUGGCAAUAGACCUCAUCAAGCGGAAUAAUUGUCGCAACUUUGUCAUUUUGGAGAAAAGUAGUAAUGUAGGCGGGACGUGGAAUGACCAAAAGUAUCCUGGAUGUUGCUGUGACGUCUGGAGCAUCUUAUACAGCUAUUCCUUCGAGCAAAACCCCAGUUGGUCUCGCGAGUACCCUGGUCAGGAGGAGAUCUAUGCAUACCUUGUUCGUGUCGCAGAAAAAUGGGGUCUUUAUAAACAUAUACGGUUCAAUUCAGCAGUGGACGAAGCCCGUUGGGACGACAAUGAAUCAAAAUGGAAAGUCACUGUCAAUCUAUCGGGACAGAAGGACAGCGAGUUUGGGUCCUCCUAUGUCAUUGCCUCCGAUUUCCUUAUCUCUGCCGUCGGCCAGCUCAACUUGCCACGAUAUCCUGAUAUCCCGGGUCUCGAUGACUUCCAAGGAAAGUUGAUGCAUUCCGCUCGAUGGGACUGGAGCUAUGAUUUCAAGGGGAAGAAGAUUGCGAUUAUUGGAAAUGGAGCAACGGCAGCUCAAAUCAUCCCUGAGAUUGCACCGGCUGCUUCCCACCUCACUGUUUUCCAGCGGACGCCAAACUGGCUAAUCCCUCGCCUUGACGCUCCCGUGUCUGCUUUCCAAAAGGCCUUAUUAACCUACAUUCCACCAAUUCGCUGGCGCAAACGUGCAUGGCAGAUGGAAAUGCGCGAAGGAUUCCAUGCUGCUGUCUUCGAUGAUAACUCCGAGUAUGCGCAGAUGAUCCGAGAUUGGUGCGCGGGUAUGCUCAAAACUCAAUUAGCCAACAAGCCCGAGCUCUGGGAGACCUUGACGCCCGACUAUGCACCUGGAUGCAAGAGAGUUAUUCUAUCCGAUGACUACUAUCCCGCCUUGGCCCGCGACAAUGUAGAUCUGGAGACACGACGGAUCAAUCGCAUCACAAACAAGGGGAUUGACAUUGAAGGUGCUGGCGAGCAAGAAUAUGACUUUAUCGUGCUAGCGACGGGUUUCAAGACUGUCGACUUUAUGUACCCGAUUCAAGUCUAUGGUACUAAUGGUCGCCCUGUUGCGGAUAUUUGGAAAGAUGGGGCGAAGGCUUACUACGGAGUCACUGUUGAGGACUUGCCUAAUUUUGGAAUGUUCUAUGGUCCCAACACUAACCUUGGACACAAUUCCAUCAUCCUCAUGAUCGAAGCGCAGUCACGCUACCUGAACGCCUUGGUUGGCGAGGUGAUCCGUUCCCGACAGCUAGGGAAAACUCUUGCUCUAAUUCCAACACCAGAGGUGAUGAAAGAGUACAACGACAGAAUUCAAGCUCUGCUGCGGAGUAGUAGUUUUGCAGAUCCCAAGUGCAACAGUUGGUACAAGAGAGAUGACGGAGUCAUUACGAAUAACUGGUCUGGCACUGUCGUUGAUUACCAGAAGAACCUUUCACAGGUGCAGUGGGAGGAUUACAUUGCUAGAGGUUCUGGUAGUGACCUUGUCAAGAACAAGAAGCCUACCCAGCUUGGACGAGUUCAUGAGGAGCCCUACUUGAGCAAUACGUCACUUCUUGCAGGUGCAGCUGGUCUGGUAGCCCUGGGUGGCUAUCUUGUCACUAAGGCAAAUCUACAGAAAAAACGUUGA